AUGCCUGGGAAAAUCAUUGCUGUUCCAUUCUUAGAUCAAAUAGAGGAUAUCGAAAAUUGUUUGAAAAAUAAUAAAAACGUUAAAAACUCGACAAGUACCACUUUUUCGUAUUCAAAUAGUAAUAAAAACAAUAACAAUAACCAUAAUAACAACAAUAAUAACAAUAGUAACAACAACAGUACUAAUAAUAGUUACAAUAAUUAUAAUUACAACAACAGUUAUUAUUACAAUAAAGGAAAUAAUGGAUACUAUAAAAAAUCUAUGAUAAAUGGAAACAAAAAUUUCUCUACUCAGGAUAAUAAUGGGAAUUACGAUAGUUAUAAUAGGAAUUUUGAUUAUAUGAGAUAUAAUUCUAGAAAAAAUAAUAAUAAUAAUAAUAAUAAUAAUAUCAAUAAUAAUAAUAAUAAUAAUAAUAAUAAUAAUUCAUCAUACCCCUACAACAACCAUUUUGCAACACAUAUCUCUCAAGAUAGUUCUAAUAAUGAUCUAACUACAAAAGCAUAUCCUAUUUUUCAAAAGAAUGGGAAAAAUACAAAUUUCAAUCAAACUGUUGCAGAGCAAUUAAAAAAAACUUAUCCUCAAAUUUAUCAAAAUACACAUUCUGCUAUCUAUCCUAAUGACCAAACUUACGGACAGACUGAUUUUGCACUAAACCAGGUAACUAAUAACCUAGGUACAUUACAGUUGCCAGAUAAUUCUGUCCAAAGUAAAUAUUCAAAUCAAGGACAGUUAGGUGGUAACAAAUAUAUUGAAAGUCACUUGCAUUCUAAUUACCAAAACGCAUCUGACCUAGAUAUGCUGAUGCCUCACUCUGCUCAUGCUACCAAUGCAAACAAUAACAACACCGGUAAUAUUAGUAACGAGGAUAAUAGCAUGGCCCCAUUCAAAGCUUAUAUACCAUCCGAAUUAUUAGAUUCAUCGAAUGGCACGUUUUCUACUAAUGAUGGAAUCAACAUGAAUUUAGAUCCUAAUGGUUCAAAUAUUCACAGCUCUUUUGUGGAACAAUCGCAAGGUACAUUACUAAGUCCUUCAUUAGGAACCAGUGGUAUGAAUUCAACACCUUCGAACAUUAAUGAUAAUGCGUUGAAGUUUACUUCUUCACCAUUUAACAGCAAUAAUGUUGCUAUCAACAAUAUACAAUCUCCAGGAACUCAGCAACCUCAGCAACCUGAUUUAUCUUCUAUCGGAUGGGGUUCUAAUCAAAUGGACAUUCAAUCAUCAAUGCCAGGGAGAUCUUCUCUUAAUACCUCCAGUAAUAGCAACAGUGGUAUGUUUGGUAUCUGGAAUAACGAUAUGAGUGUCUGGAGUUAA